AUGUCAUUUGUUGAUGCGUUAGAGCAAAUUCCUUCAUAUGUGAAAUUCUUGAAAUAUAUUUUUACGAAGAAACGAAGGAUGAAUGAGUAUGAGACAGUAACUCUAACGCAGGCAACAAGCAACAUCUUCAAGAAUAUGGUACAAAAGAAAAUGACAUACCCUAGAAGCUUCACUGUAUCAUGCUCAAUAGAUGACAUGGAUCUUGGUCACACACUGUGUAACCUAGGAGCAAGUAUCAACUUGAUGCACCUUUCAAUCUUUAAGAAAUUAGGGAUGUGGGAGGCUCAACCUACAAAAAUGGUACUUCAAUUUGUUGAUAGAUCCAUUACGCGUCCGGAGGGCAAGAUUGAUGAUGUAUUGAUUAAGGUGGACAAAUUUUUAUUCCUCGCAGACUUCAUCAUUCUGGAUUAUGAAGCUGAUCGGGAGGUUCCAAUUAUUUUGGAGCUGUCAUUCCUGCGAACAGGUCAUGCCCUCAUAGAUGUCCACCAAUGGGAACUGACAAUGUUGCUUAAUGACCAAAAAAUAUCAUUCAACAUUGUUAACGCGAUGAAUUCCCCCCUGAUGUUGAAAACUGCAAUGCAAUUAAAUCUCUUGGGUGGGAUUUUGGCGAGGAACAAGUGUUAG